AUGACCAAGUGGACCCGGGCCUUGCACAAUGGGAUCAUCGCUAUUGUCCUUCGGUGCACCUUACUGGUUGGCCAGGGUCAAAGAGGCAACAAUGGUCCCAGGUGGGCUCGUCAAACUGGGGAACCAAAGAUCUCCUGCAAUGGAGGAAGUGGCAAGCUAGCUACCCUCAAGAGUGAGUGCAAGCAGCCCAUCCCCAGAGCUCUGGGCAAACUGGGAAGGAUCCUUCCUCAAGGUCUAUUUCUGGCCAUCCUUAUCGGGUCUGCCAUCUCAGUGGAAGAGGGCCACAGUUUCUCUGAAAGGGAACUGUGGGCCAGAGUCGGAUGGGGGAUUCUGCCGGAGGAAAUGUUAAAAUUGAAGCUUCCACAUCAACCUUCAGUGUACUGUUUGCCUUUCCCUCUGGAGAUAUUCUGCUGCAGUUUUUCCACCUUCAACUUUAUUCAGUUUCUCCGUGGUCUUUUGACAGGCCUGGGUUUUAUCCAACUUGCUCUAUCUGCACAUAACCUUUGGACCAAAUGGAAGCAUCAUGCGAAGAAGCUGAAAAGGGACCUUCCCUCAGCUUUUGUCUGUGACAAACUAAAGGGUCACUUGAACCACAGCACGAAACAGAUGCUCUCCAGAGUGGUGAUCUCUUUGUGGAUGCUGAGCAAUAUCCUCAAUAGAAUGAACCAUCACCAUAGGAACGAAGAGAGGAAACAGCUAUGUGGUCAAAAAGACUGA